CCGGGAACCCAUCUCCGCCGCGACUUUACCAAAAAGCCCCCCCCCUCUCCGGAAAGACAUCGCCGUCGCGGGCCGUCCACGAUCACGAUUUCGAUCACAACCACGACCAGCCAACCUCCCGUAUCCUCCCUCACGAAUCCCAUCGCAGCUCUCCCACCUCCCACCUCCCCCCCAUCCUCGCCCAAAAUGCAAGGCUUCAACAUGGGACGCUACGUCCCGCCAGACCAAGAAGGCACAACAACCGGCAACAAACUCAACCGCAAACACCCCCUCGGCGCCCGCGCCGCCAAACCCGGCAUCCUCGUCGUCCGCUUCGAAAUGCCCUUUGCCAUCUGGUGCGCCACCUGCCCCAAACCCACAAUCAUAGGCCAAGGCGUCCGCUUCAACGCCGAGAAGAAGCGCGUCGGGUCCUAUUUCACGUCUGCGAUAUGGCAGUUUCGGAUGAAGCACGCCGACUGCGGCGGGUGGAUCGAGAUCCACACGGAUCCCAAGAAUACUGCGUAUGUUGUUGUCUCGGGCGCGAAGAAGAGGGAUACGGGCGAGGAGGGACGACUUCCGCAGGAAGGAGAAGUAACCAUCUUGACGGAAGAGGAACGCGAGAAACGUAGGAGUAACGCCUUUGCCUCGCUCGAAAAAACAAUCGAGGACAGACAACAGCUCGCGCAGGCGACGGAACGCAUCGACGAGUUGCAGGAUGCUGCGAGCCGGGCGUGGGAUGAUCCGUAUACCCGCAACAAGGCCCUCCGCGCGACGUUCCGCGAGGGAAGGCACCAGCGUGAGAAGGAAGCUGCUGUAGGCGAAGCCCUAAAAGAGAAGAUGAGUUUGGGGAUCGAGCUUGUGCCGGAGACGGAGGAGGAUGUGCGCCGGGCGAGGUUGGUUGAUUUCGGGGGUAUGGGCGAGGGAGUUGAUGAGGCGGGGGUGGUGGCUUUUAAGAAGCCUCUUUUUAUGUCGUCUGCUUUGUCUUUGUCUUCGUCUGCGCCUUCUGCUUCGGCGGUGCUACUGCCCAAGGGAACGCCCAAGGCCGAGGUCCUCGCUUCCAAGAGGAGGGAUACCAUUGUCUCCGAGAUUGUCGGGAACACGCGCAUGGCGAGGGACCCGUUUCUGGUCGAGAGCAAGGCGGAGAGGUCGUCGGCGCUGAGGAUCCCCGGGUUGAAGAGGAAGCGUGAUGAGGAUGGCGUGCAGAAACAGGAGUUGCUGAAGGCCACGGAGCCCGGGCAGAGCACGCCAUCGUCAAAGUCCCUCGUGGCCUACGAUUCAGACUCGGAUUGAGGGUCUUUUGAUUUUAAGCACUCCUCGUGGGGGGGGUUAGGUACACUUCCUUAUUUUAUUUUUGGCGUUUUGGUGGAAAAGGGACACGGAUUAGAUCAGAGAUACCCAGACAUCGCGAUGGCGUUAAUUUACGUUUGCAAGAGAAGC